AUGGCAAAAGCGUCAAAAGCCACCAAGAAGUUUCAAACGAAGCAUUUGAAGCACACGCUGGACCACAGGAAGAAGUUGAAAAACCAUGCCAAGAAGACGAAAGGACGCAGAGGCAACAAAUCCGAACAGGAAAAGGAGGAGGCAGCUUUGACAAAAGAAGAACAGAAAAUGCGUGACUCGGCGAAAGAAGAGGUAUUCAAGGAUAUGAGCGUUGAAGACUUUUUUGCCGGCGGCUUCGAAGUGCCUAAGAAGCAGGGUAAAGGUAAGCGUGGCAAGGAGAAUAAGCCCGAGGAAAAGCAGCAAGAGGAGGAGGACGUCUCUUCAAGUGAGGAUGAAGCGGGGAUGGUGGAAAACAUGGCCGGUUUGGCCGAAAAGGACCCUGAAUUUUACAAGUACUUGCAGGAAAAUGACCAGGAGUUGUUAAAUUUCGAAGGUACUAACCCGUUGGACGCAAUUAGUGACGGCGAAGAUGAAGAUGACGAUGGUGAAGACAUGGUAGAUGGAAGUGGACUAAAGGAAGGAGUCAGUUCAAAAUCCAACGGACAGUCAGACGAUGUCGACAAGACUACGACCGAAGUUGACCUGAAACUCGUUAAAAAGUGGAAGAAAGAGCUGGGUGCGUCCUCUCUCAGCAUCAAACUGGUAAGAAAUAUUGUUUCUGCCUUUAAGGCCGCUGUGAACGCUAACAGAGAAGACUUGGUGGAUACUUACAAAUUUGCCGUCAUUGACGGCAAGGCUUUCCAAGAGCUCAUGUUCCUUGCGCUAAAAGACAUGCCAGCCGCUAUUUUGAAGGCACAUCCAUAUCAAAUCACGAAAGGGGCGAGGACGCUUCCGAACAAUUCGAACGUCACUAAAGUUUCAAGUGUGUUGAAAUCUCACGCUGGCUCCAUGAUCACCAUGCUUCACGACAUAACUAACACAGGGUCUGCCGCAUUGGUGUUGCACUCAUUGGAUCAAAUUCUGCCAUAUUUCUUGUCCUACAGAAGAAUCAUAAAAGAAAUUGUCAAAAGUGUUGUUGAGUUGGGAGCUACGACAAGAGACCUGGAAACUCAAAUCACAGCUUUUGCUUUCUUGAAUAAUGCAUCAAGGGAAUUCAAGAAAUCAAUUCUAGACACAGUUCUCAAGACUACUUACUCGUCUUUCAUCAAAAGCUGUCGUAAAACGAACAUUCGUACGAUGCCCUUGAUUAACUUUCAGAAAAAUUCGUCUGCAGAAUUAUUUGGCAUUGACGAAGUUCUGGGGUAUCAAAUUGGUUUUGAAUAUGUCAGACAAUUGGCCAUUCACUUGAGGAAUAGCAUAAAUGCAACAACUAAGAAGUCAGCUAAAGUCAACCCUGCUGAGGCUUAUAAAAUUGUUUACAACUGGCAGUUUUGUCACUCGCUAGACUUUUGGUCCAGAGUAUUAUGUGCUCAGUGUAAUCCUGAAAAGGAAAACGGUACCGAGUCACAGUUGAGACAAUUGAUUUACCCACUUGUUCAGGUCACAAUUGGUGUUAUUAGGUUGAUCCCCACUGCCCAAUUUUUCCCUUUGAGAUUCUAUCUGAUCAAAUCGCUCAUCAGACUUUCCCAGAACACCGGAACUUUCAUUCCAAUUUAUCCACUCCUCUCAGAGAUAUUGUCCUCGACCGCUUUCACCAAGGUGCCCAAAAAGAAGUCUACUCUGCCUGCCUUUGAUUUCGAACACAACAUCAAAUGUAACCAAGGUUAUUUGGGCACCAAGGUUUAUCAAGACGGCCUAGGUGAUCAAUUCAUUGAGUUAAUCUGCGAAUACUUUGUUCUGUACUGCAAGAGUGUUUCUUUCCCUGAGCUAUCCACCCCCGCUUAUAUUGCUCUGCGUCGCUACAUCAAGUCUUCGAAGAACAGCAAGUUCAACAAGCAAGUAAGCAAUGUGCUCGAGAAACUGAAACAGAAUUCCGACUUCGUUCUCAACAAAAGAUCUGAGAUUGAUUUCAGUCCUACCAAUAGGGCCGAGGUUGAGCGCUUUUUGAAUGACUUAGCAUGGAACAAAACCCCAUUGGGUUCUUACGUUGCUGUCCAGCGUGAGGUCAAGGAAGAAAAGGCCAGAAUUCUAAGAGAGAGUGUUGCUGAAGAUGAUGAAGAAAGCAAUGUCCAACAGCCAUCGGAUGAUGACAUGGAAGACGUCCAAAUGUCGGACAGUUCCGAUAAUUGA